CGCCGCCAGCCCCGGGCCUCCCGGCCCCGCGAGCCCCCCGGCCGCCUCGCCGGCUGUGUGGCACUGAAGUUCUUGCGAAGGGCGUCCAACUCUUCAAGGUGAACUAUGACCACUUUACUCCUGGUGUUUGUGACUCUGAGAGUCAUCACAGCCGUCAGCUCCCUAGAAGCUUCAGACCCUGACAACUCGCUGAGUGUCAGCAUCCCCGAACCAUCCCCUCUGCGGGUCCUCCUGGGGAACUCCCUCACCAUCCCCUGCUACUUCAUCGACCCCAUGCAUCCUGUGACCACCGCCCCCUCCACUGCCCCCCUCGCCCCGAGAAUUAAGUGGAGCCGCAUUUCCAAGGAGAAGGAGGUGGUCCUGUUGGUAGCCACGGAAGGGCAGGUGCGGGUCAACAGUGCCUACCAAGACAAGGUCUCGCUGCCCAACUACCCGGCCAUCCCCAGCGACGCCACCUUGGAAAUCCAGAACCUUCGCUCCAAUGACUCUGGGAUCUACCGCUGUGAGGUUAUGCACGGCAUUGAGGACAGCGAGGCUACCGUAGAGGUCGUGGUGAAAGGCAUUGUGUUCCAUUACAGAGCCAUCUCCACGCGCUACACGCUGGACUUCGACAGGGCGCAGCGGGCCUGCCUGCAGAACAGUGCCAUCAUCGCCACCCCCGAGCAGCUGCAGGCCGCCUAUGAGGACGGCUUCCACCAGUGUGACGCCGGCUGGCUGGCCGACCAGACUGUCAGGUACCCCAUCCACACUCCAAGGGAAGGCUGCUAUGGGGACAAGGAUGAGUUUCCAGGUGUGAGAACCUAUGGCAUCCGCGACACCAAUGAGACCUAUGAUGUCUACUGCUUCGCUGAGGAGAUGGAGGGUGAGGUCUUCUAUGCGACGUCUCCGGACAAGUUCACCUUCCAGGAGGCGGCCGACGAGUGCCGGCGUCUGGGCGCACGGCUGGCCACCACGGGCCAGCUCUACCUGGCCUGGCAGGGCGGCAUGGAUGUGUGCAGUGCCGGCUGGCUGGCCGAUCGCAGCGUGCGCUACCCCAUCUCCAAGGCCCGGCCCAACUGCGGGGGCAACCUCCUGGGUGUGCGGACCGUCUACCUGCACACCAACCAGACGGGCUACCCUGACCCCUUGUCCCGCUACGACGCCAUCUGCUACACAGGUGAAGACUUUGUGGACAUCCCAGAAAACUUCUUCGGGGUGGGCGGCGAGGAGGACAUCACCAUCCAGACCGUGACCUGGCCUGAUGUGGAGUUGCCGCUGCCUGGAAAUGUCACCGAGGGUGAAGCCCGAGGCAACGUGAUCCUCACUGUGAGACCUGUCUUCGGUGUCUCUCCCACUGUCCCGGAGCCCGAGGAGCCCUUCACGUUCACCCCGGAGCCCGAGGAGCCCUUCACAUUUGCCACUGUUGGAGGGGCCACUGCCUUCCCUGAGGCUGAGAACAGGACUGGAGAGAUCACCGGGCCCUGGGGUGUUCCCGCUACGCCCGGCCCAGCCUUCACUGCCUUCACCAGUGAGGACCAUGUUGUGCAGGUGACCGCAGCCCCAGGCACAGCUGAGGUGUCUGGGCGGCCGCGAUUGCCUGGGGGGGUUGUGUUCCACUACCGCCCAGGAUCUGCCCGCUACUCACUGACCUUUGAGGAGGCUCAGCAGGCCUGCCUGCGCACUGGGGCUGUCAUCGCCUCCCCGGAGCAGCUCCAGGCCGCCUACGAAGCAGGCUACGAGCAGUGUGAUGCCGGCUGGCUGCAGGACCAGACCGUCAGAUACCCCAUUGUGAGCCCACGGACUCCGUGUGUAGGUGACAAAGACAGCAGCCCCGGGGUCAGGACCUACGGUGUGCGGCCAGCAUCAGAAACCUAUGAUGUCUACUGCUACGUGGACAGGCUCGAAGGGGAGGUGUUCUUCAUCACACGCCUGGAGCAGUUCACCUUCCAGGAAGCGCUGGCAUUCUGUGAAUCUCACAACGCCACCCUGGCCUCCACGGGCCAGCUCUACGCCGCCUGGAGCCGAGGCCUGGACAAGUGCUACGCCGGCUGGCUGUCGGAUGGCAGCCUCCGUUACCCCAUCGUCACUCCGAGGCCUUCCUGCGGCGGAGACAAGCCAGGCGUGAGAACUGUCUACCUCUACCCCAACCAGACAGGCCUCCCUGACCCGCAAUCCCGGCACCACGCCUUCUGCUUCAGAGGUGUCUCAGCAGCGCCCUCUCCAGGAGAAGAAGAGGGCGGCACACCCACUCCCUCUGUCGUGGAGGACUGGAUCGCUACCCGAGUGGGGCCUGGUGUGGCUGCUGUCCCUGUGGGCGAGGAGACGACUGCCAUCCCAGACUUCACCAUUGAGCCGGAAAACCAGACGGAAUGGGAACCGGCCUACAGCCCAGCGGGCACUUCCCCACCGCCAGGGAUCCCUCCAACAUGGCCUCCCACCAGCACAGCAACAGAGGAGAGCACAGAAGCCCCUUCUGGAACGGAAGUGCCCUCAGCCUCAGUGGAGCCAUCCCCCUCAGAGGAGCCAUCCCCCUCAGAGAAACCAUCCCCGUCAGAGGAGCCGUCCCCCUCAGAAGAGCCAUCCCCCUCAGAGGAACCUUCGCUCCCCUGGGAGGAGCUGUCCACACUUUCACCCCCAGUGCCCAGUGGGACUGAGCUGCCAGGCUCUGGGGAAGUAUCCGGGGUACCUGAAGUCAGUGGUGACUUCACAGGCAGUGGAGAAGUUUCAGGACAUCUGGACUCUAGUGCGCAACCCUCAGGAGAAAGUGCAAGCGGACUGCCCUCUGAAGAUCUUGACGCCAGUGGGCUCACCUCUACUGUGGGCUCAGGCCUGCUUAUGGGAAGUGGACUGGCUUCAGGGGAUGAAGAUAAAAUUCCAUGGUCCAGCAUUCCUAAAGUUGGAGGUGAGGGCCUAGAGACCUCUGCCUCUGGAGUAGGGGAACUCAGCGGGCUACCUUCUGGAGAAGGUCCAGAAGCUUCUGCCUCUGGAGUAGGGGACAUCAGCCGGAUACCUUCUGGAGAAGGUCCAGAAGUCUCUGCCUCUGGAGUAGAGGACCUCAGCAGGCUGCCUUCUGGAGAAGGUCCAGAAGUCUCUGUCUCUGGAGUAGAGGACCUCAGUGGAUUACCUUCUGGAGAAGGUCCAGAAGUCUCUGCCUCUGGAGUAGAGGACCUCAGCAGGCUGCCUUCUGGAGAAGGUCCAGAAGUCUCUGUCUCUGGAGUAGAGGACCUCAGUGGAUUACCUUCUGGAGAAGGUCCAGAAGUCUUUGUCUCUGGAGUAGAGGACCUCAGUGGAUUACCUUCUGGAGAAGGUCCAGAAGUCUCUGCCUCUGGAGUAGAGGACAUCAGCCGGCUACCUUCUGGAGAAGGUCCAGAAGUCUCUGUCUCUGGAGUAGAGGACCUCAGAGGAUUACCUUCUGGAGAAGGUCCAGAAGUCUCUGCCUCUGGAGUAGAGGACCUUAGUGGAUUACCUUCUGGAGAAGGUCUAGAAGUCUUAGUUUCUGGAGUAGAGGACCUCGGUGGACUUCCUUCUGGAGAAGGUCCAGAAGUCUCAGCCUCUGGAGUAGAGGACCUCAGCCGGCUACCUUCUGGAGAAGGUCCAGAAGUCUCAGCCUCUGGAGUAGAGGACCUCAGUGGACUUCCUUCUGGAGAAGGUCCAGAAGUCUCAGCCUCUGGAGUAGAGGACCUCGGUGGACUUCCUUCUGGAGAAGGUCCAGAAGUCUCAGCCUCUGGAGUAGAGGACCUCAGCCGGCUACCUUCUGGAGAAGGUCCAGAAGUCUCAGCCUCUGGAGUAGAGGACUUCAGUGGAUUACCUUCUGGAGAAGGUCCAGAAGUAUCAGCCUCUGGAGUAGGGGAUCUCAGUGGACUUCCUUCUGGAGGAGAAGGAAUAGAGACCUUUACCUCUGGUGUAGGGGACCUCAGCAGGUUGCCUUCUGGAGAAGCUUCUGCCUCCGGAGUAGGGGACCUCAGCGGGAUACCUUCUGGAGAAGUUCCAGAAGCCUCUGCUUCUGGAGUAGGGGACCUCAGUGGACUUCCUUCUGGAAGAGAAGGUCUAGAGACUUCUGCCUCUGGUGUAGGGGACCUCAGCGGGCUGUCUUCUGGAGAAGGCCCAGAAGCAUCUGCCUCUGGAAUAGGGGACCUCAGUGGACUUCCUUCUGGAAGAGAAGGUCUAGAGACCUCUGCUUCUGGAGUAGAGGAUCUCAGUGGAUUGCCUUUAGAAGGGGAGGGUCUAGAGACCUCUGUUUCUGGCACUGAGGAUCUCAGCGGGUUACCCUCUGGAAAAGAAGACUCAAUUGGUUCAGCUUCUGGAGCCUUGGACUUUGGCAGAAUACCUUCUGGAACUGUGGGAAGUGGGCAAGCUCCAGAAGCAAGUGGCCUUCCUUCAGGGUUUAGUGGUGAAUAUUCAGGGAUGGACCUUGGAAGUGGCCCAUCCUCUGGUCUACCUGACUUUAGUGGACUUCCCUCUGGAUUCCCAACUGUCUCCCUAGUGGAUACUACCUUGGUGGAAGUGGUCACAGCUACCAGUGCAAGUGAACUGGAAGGGAGGGGAACUAUUGGCAUCAGCGGUGCUGGAGAAACGUCAGGACUGCCCUUCAGUGAGCUGGACAUUAGUGGGGCAGUUAGUGGCCUCCCUUCAGGAGCUGAACUCAGUGGCCAAGCAUCUGGGUCUCCUGAUAUCAGUGGGGAAACAUCUGGAUUCUUUGGUGUCAGUGGACAGCCAUCAGGGUUUCCUGACAUCAGUGGGGGAAUAUCUGGGCUUUUUGAGGUCAGUGGACAGCCAUCAGGGUUUUCUGGGGAAACAUCUGGAGUGACCGAGCUUAGUGGACUGCCCUCCAGACAACCGGAUGUCAGUGGAGAAGCCUCUGGAGUUCUUUCUGGCAGUGGCCCACCAUUUGGCAUAACCGACAUCAGUGGAGAAGAAUCCGGGAUCCCUGAUAUCAGUGGGCAGCCAUCAGGGUUGCCAGAGUUCAGUGUGACAACUUCUGAAGUCCCUGGCCUGGUUCCCGGGACCACGAGUGGCAGUGGCGAGUCUUCUGGAAUUACAUUUGUGGACACCAGUUUGGUUGAAGUGACCCCAACUAUGUUUAAAGAAGAAGAAGGUUUAGGGUCUGUGGAAGUCAGUGGACUCCCUUCAGGGGAGGCAGAUGUCUCGGGCAUAUCUGGGAUCAUGGAUGUCAGUGGCCAAUCUUCUGGAGCAAUUGACUCUAGCGGGUUGACAUCCCAGCCUCCAGAAUUCAGUGGCCUACCAAGUGGAGUAGCGGAAGUCAGUGGAGAAUCCUCUGGAGCAGAGACUGGGAGCAGCCCGCCCUCGGGAGCCUAUGACAGCAGUGGACUCCCAUCGGGGCUCCCCACUGUGUCUCUUGUAGACAGAACUUUGGUGGAAUCCAUCACCCAGGCUCCGACAGCCCAGGAAGCAGUAGAAGGGCCUUCGGGCAUUUUGGAACUCAGCGGGGCCCAUUCUGGAGCCCCAGAUGUGUCUGGAGACCACUCGGGGGUUUUGGACCUAAGCGGGCUGCAGUCCGGGCUGCUGGAGCCCAGUGGAGAGCCGUCGAGUACUCCGUAUUUUAGCGGGGACCUUUCUGGCACCGUGGAUGUAAGUGGAGAUUCCUCUGCAUCCACAAGCACCAGUGGGGAGGCCUCGGGGCUUCCAGAAGUUACUUUAAUCACUUCAGAGUUCGUGGAGGGUGUCACCGAACCAACUGUUUCCCAGGAACUUGCCCAAAGACCCCCUGUGACACAUACCCCGCUGUUUGAGUCCAGUGGAGAAGCCUCUGCGUCUGGGGAAGUUAGUGGAGCUACACCAAUGUUCCCCGGGGCUGGGCUAGAAGCGUCAUCAGUCCCGGAAUCCAGCAGGGAGACGUCUGUCUUUCCUGAGGCUGGGGUGGGGAUGUCUGCCGCCCCUGAGGCCAGCGGAGGAGUUUCCGGGGUGCCUGAGGUAGGUGAAGCCACCUCCGCCUUCCCUGAAGCGGAUGUGGAGGGGGCCUCAGGCCUGGGAGUGAGCAGCAGUGCCUCUGCCUUUCCUGAAGACCCCAGGGAGGGCUCGGCCACCCCUGAAGUACAAGAGGAGACGACCAGCACCUAUGCUGUGGGCACAGAGUCGUCAGGCUGGCCUUCGGCCACUCCAAUGACAUCUGGAGACAGGACUGAAGUCAACGGAGACCUGUCCGGUCCCACGUCGGGGCUGGAUGUUGUCAUGAGCCCCAGCGUCCCAGAGUCCGAGUGGAUCCAGCAGACCCAGCGCCCUGCAGAGGCACCUCUAGAAAUUGAGUCCUCAAGCCCCUUGCACUCAGGAGAAGAGACCCAAACUGCCGAAACAGCCACCUUCCCCACGGAUGUUUCCAUCCCCACUUCUACACGAGGGACAGAUGAAUCAGCACCAACCAUUCCAGACAUUGAUGAAUGCCUCUCAAGUCCUUGUCUGAAUGGAGCCACCUGCGUGGACGCCAUGGACUCUUUCACAUGCUUAUGCCUUCCCAGCUACCGAGGGGACCUGUGUGAGAUUGACCAGGAGCUGUGUGAGGAGGGCUGGACCAAGUUCCAGGGUCACUGUUACCGCUACUUCCCGGACCGCGAGAGCUGGGUGGAUGCCGAGAGCCGGUGUCGGGCCCAACAGUCACACCUGAGCAGCAUCGUCACCCCCGAGGAGCAGGAGUUUGUCAACAACAACGCCCAAGACUACCAGUGGAUCGGCCUGAAUGACAGGACCAUCGAAGGGGACUUCCGCUGGUCAGACGGACACUCCUUGCAAUUUGAGAACUGGCGCCCCAACCAGCCAGACAACUUCUUCGUCAGCGGAGAGGACUGCGUGGUGAUGAUCUGGCACGAGAAGGGGGAGUGGAACGACGUGCCCUGCAAUUACCACCUGCCCUUCACGUGUAAAAAGGGCACAGUGGCCUGCGGCGAUCCCCCCGUGGUGGAACACGCCAGGACCUUCGGGCAGAAGAAGGACCGGUAUGAGAUCAAUUCGCUGGUGCGGUACCAGUGCACCGAGGGCUUUGUCCAGCGCCACGUGCCCACCAUCCGCUGCCAGCCCAGCGGGCACUGGGAGGAGCCUCGGGUCACCUGCACAGACCCCUCCACAUACAAGCGCAGACUACAGAAGCGGAGCCCACGGGCCCCACGGAGGAGCCGCCCCAGCACAGCCCACUGAGGGGAGCCUCCAGGACGCGCCCAGGAUGCUGAGCCCAGGAGCCUCGCCAGACUGACGUCCCACCCGAAUGGUGUCCCCUUCUUGUCGCUUUCCGUCAUAUAAGGAAUUCCAUUAAAGAAGGAGAAAAACAAAUCCCACAUUGUGUAUGCAACCGCCCCCCCACCCCCCCAAUUGCCAAAACUGCAUCUGAUUCCCCCCCCCCAAUGCCAAAGCCAAGCAAACGUAUUGUAACCCGUGGACUGAGUUUAGAGACAUUUCUUCAAUCUCCCGUUGUGCCUUUCCAGGGACCAGUGCAGGGACAGGGGGAGAAGGGGAAGGGUUAAGUUAAAUAAAGAAGAUUAUUUUUUGUUUCCUGACUUUAUCCAAGAGCAGUGCAAUCGUCCGUUCUUCCACCUCCAGGGAGAGCUAGGGGGGAGGGGGGAAGGGGAAGGAGGAGCUGGGACCGGAUGGCAGCUGAAUGUAUUGGAGGAAGGAGAGCUGCACCCUCUGUGUGGGGGAAGAAGCCUGGGGGAGAGGGGGCGGCCUCCGCUGAAGGUGAGGGGGCAGGAGAGAGCCGUGGAGGGAUCUUCCGCUGCGUGGGGGUCGGGUUCCCUCCCAGGGUCCCUCUUCCAGCAUCCUCUCACCCGGGUCUCCCACCCGAGCAGGUGUACAUCUCUCUCGGCAGGGCUGGGUGGGGAGGUCACUUCCUUCCCAGCGGGAGCGCCGCCCCACCCCUCCCCUCCCCCCACCCCCCACCCCCGGGACGGUGCAGGCACCAGAGUUCCGUGCACCUAUUUAUAUUUUUGAAAACUAAAGAUUAUGAUAAUUAUAAUAAUAAAGA